CACCAAUCAGAGCUCGUGAUUUUUCCAUUUAAAACUGAAAAUUGUUAAGGUGAUAAUUUGUCAUCGUCAAUAAACGAUUGUCCAAUUACUUCUAAUUCGAGUGAAACAUUCUGAAGAAAAUUUGACUUUACAAAGAUUCGUCAUGUUUUAUAAUUAUCAAAUGUGAAUCAAUCUCUUUUCAAAAUGGCAGAAAAUCUUUCGAAACGGCCUCCUAAGGGAAUUUUAAAAUCAUCUAGCAGCUUCGAUAAUCCAGAUAUACCCAGACCAAGCAAAGAAACAAAAUGGGAUGAAAUGAAUAUAAUUGCAACAUUGCACCCAGCAGAAAAAGAUUAUGGUCAUAUGAAGAUUGAUGAACCAAAAACCCCAUACAACUAUGAAGGCCUGCAAGCUGAAUUUCAAUUUGAUCAAUUAGAUUCUACUGCAGUUGCUACCAAAUUGGCAGAAGGCAGUAAACCAAAAAUAUUUGAAGAAUCAAGUGAAGAUGAAGAUGAAAAAGAAACUGUUGAAGAAAGAGAAAAACGUAAAGCAUUUGAAGCAAAGAGAAAGCGUCAUUAUCAAGAAUGGCAAGUAGUUCAAAUGGCUCGAAAACAAUUACUUGAACAAGAUGAAGAUGAAGAUGAGGAGGACAAUGAAGAAAAUGAAGAACAUGAAGAAGACAUAGAAAAAGAUGACAAUAAUUCUCUUCAUCCUGAAGAACAUGAUUUUGAUCUUAAAUUCAAGUGCAUGCCAUCUUGCAAUAUAACAAAAGGAAAGUGAUAUGACGAUGGACAUUAAUAAAUAAUAUUAUAAAUUACUUCAUUAGAAUUUAGAAUUCAAUUCUCUAAAAAUUUUAGUUUGUAUUAAAUUUAUUUACUAUUAUACAACUGACAAAUGCAAUAAAUUACAAUGUCCGUUUUACGUGAGUUAAAUGAUUAAGUUAAUAAAUUUUUGUAAUUGACCAAUUUACUAUUUUUCAAUAAUUGACUUAUACAUUAAUCAGUGUAAUUAGUUACACAACGAAUGUAUAGUGAAUUUAUAAGUAAUUAAUUGCGUAAUUGAAAGCACAUAUUAAUAAAUAAUUAAUAAUUACACAAAUAUUUAAUUUAAUUACUUAUUUUCAGCAAUUUAAUCAUUGGUCAUUCACUUAUUAUUUAUUGAACUCAAGCUAGUACUUAGUUCUGUAAUUGUACAGAAUGAUAGACAUUCUUAAUUCAAAAAUGAAACUACAAAUUUCUUUUGUUUAUGAGAAAAUCAUAGUAAUUUUCUAACUUUUAUUGGUGCUGUGGUAAAAAUGUAAUUUGAUUAUUAAUUACUUUGCUAAUAUACAAACAUAUAUAAACAUAUUAAGUUUUCUCGCAAAGAUUAAAUGAUUAUUUAUGUCACUUUAUAAUAUCUGUUUGCUAUGUAGAAAACCACUAAUAUUAUAUUAUUUUCUUAAUAAUUAAAUAAUUGAUUUUUCAACAGAAUAUUUAACAUAUUUCGAUUAAGAUUUAUAUUUGUAAACUAGAGUAAUACUUUAGUUUUUUUUACGUGAAUUAUAGGCUAAUGAUUUUUUGAAUGCUCUAAUUAAUCACAUUGCUUAUUGAAAUAGUUAAUCAGUGAUGUACAUUUAUAAAAUUACUAUUAAAGCGCUUAUUAAAUGUUUUAUAAGAUCCUAAGCAAUUAGGAAAUGAGUAAUUCUUAAAGAACGAAUUCUUUUACAUAAUUAGUAGUACGCAUAAAAGAUGGAAAGAAUUCCUGAACACAAUAUAUUAUUACAGAUACACUCAUACUAAUUUAUUAUAUUAAAUUUGUAAUAAAUUUCUCCAUUCCAUGCAGUAAGAAUUUCUCAUUUUCUAAUUAUAUAUUACAGUUUACAAAAUAUUCUUAAUACAGGGUGUCCUGUAAAGUAUGUGAGAUGAGUAAGAGAUUCUGAAAUUAGAAUCUUAUUUUAGACAUUUUUACAUUGAUAUUAUCUUUGUUCGCAUAGUAAUACAUAUCAUUUAGAUAUAUUAGUUCCUUUUAUUUUUUUCACGUUAAUCAAAUUUAACUUAUGCAUACUAAAUAUUAAGAAAAAGAAGUUACUUUUAUAAAUAACUGCAGAAUUUUUGUACUAACAUUAAUAUAUUAUUAAAAAUUGCUGAAUAUUAAUUUAAUAAAACUGUAUUUUAUCUAUUAAUAAUAAAGUUCAAUUUUUUAUUAAUUUUUGCAUUUCUUUUUUUAAUAUAAGUUCAAUUAGUAAAAUAUAUGUGUAUAAUAUAAUCAAUGUGAAUUUGUCUAAAUAUGAAACUGUGUAAAUCUUUCAUUUGUAAAAUUAUAUCUCCUUAUAUGUUUUAUUUAAAAUAUAAUAUAUUCCUUGUCAUAAACAUCUCAAGCCUUUUGAUCUUAUUACUAAAAAAUUGAUAUUAUCUUUAAAACUAAUUUAUUAUUUUAUUCCAAAUUAAGAUUUAUAUUAGUUUUCUAUUCUUAUUAUGAUAUGGUACAAACAAUCAAGGCUUUAUAAAUUUAGAAUUCUUUAUAUGUGAAGUAUUAUAUUGUACUUCGAGAUGGAACAUUAUUAUUUAUGUAUAUACAUAUAUAUCAUAAUACAACAGUUUAUGGCAAGAGAGAUUAUUAUCUAGACAAUCGAACUUAUUUUUUGUUCAGAAAUACUUCCUAUGACAUGUAACAGGUAUUUUUGUAGAUUACAGUAGGAUCCUUAUAUAAGUUAGUUUUAGAAAAAUAGAUUUUCGUCUGACGUGUGUCGUUUCAGAAUGUACUUUGUAUUGUAAAUAUGUGUAUUAACAACGAAUUCAGUGUAUUCAGAUUUAAAAUGUAGAACGCAAUAAAACCGUGAAUCGGAUACUAAAUCAAAUAUUUUUCAGUAACUAA